AUGGCUACAGGGUACCCUGCCAUCGAAGACUACGGAAUCAUCGGGGACAUGCACACUUGUGCCCUGAUCAGCAAAGAUGGGAGCCUGGAUUUCAUGUGCUGGCCCGUUUUUGAUUCCCCCACAGUCUUUUGCCGACUGCUUGAUAAGGAUAAGGGUGGCUAUUUCAGCAUUCUGCCAACGUCCAAGGUCGAGAACCCCAUAAGCAAACAGCGGUAUCUUCCUUUUACCAACAUCCUGGAAUCACGAUGGACCAAUGAAGACGGUGUGGUGACCUCCAUGGACUACUUCCCCGUUUCGAGCCGCAAGACUGCGCAUCCCGAGCGUACUUUGUCUGGGUACUGCCCCUGCACUGACCCGGGCAUAUCCCGCUUCAAGUCUGGCCUGAAACAUUCCUCCGUGAUCAGGAAGUUGGAAUGCUCUCGUGGCUCUAUGGAGAUGCAGGUCGAGAUCUUCCCAGCCUUCAAUUACGCCAGGGAUUCGCACACAGCCCGCGGUAAUCUCGACAAUGACCUGGGUCGGAGGCCGCUGCAGACAAUGUACUUUGAGAGUGAGAUGGAACGGCUGCAGGUCUCCAUCUUCGCUGAAUCCAAGGAGCCCGAGCAUACUGGAUUGCCUGAAGCCAAGUUCGAAUGGCAAGACAGACCCAGCAUGAAGGGCCGUGGGAUUGUGGCUACACUGACGCUACGUCAGGGACAGAGUGUCACGUUCGUCGUCCACAGCCCGGAUAAAGUCAUCCCUAAUGCAAACGUCUUGGGGGCGCAUCUCUCCAAACUGGAGGGCGAAACUUUCGAGUACUGGACCUCGUGGACCCGCAAGUGUUCCUUCCGAGGCCACUACCGCGAGACAGUCGAGCGCUGCCUCCUGGUGCUGAAAUUGCUCACCUAUAAACCAACGGGUGCCAUUAUAGCAGCACCGACGUUCUCCCUCCCAGAAAAAGUAGGCGGGUCCCGGAAUUGGGACUACCGAUACUCUUGGGUGCGGGACACGUCAUUCACGCUCUACGUCUUCCUCAAGAUGGGCUACCGGGAGGAGGCUGAGGCGUACGUUAGCUUCAUCUUCGAGCGCAUUUUCCCGAAUGCCACGGAGUACAAGGGUGAAAACAGGCCUUUCCUCCCGCUGAUGUUCACCAUUCGCGGUGAAUAUGAGAUCCCCGAAUUGGAACUUAACCACCUCGAGGGAUACAAAGGCAGUCGUCCUGUACGCGUGGGCAACGCGGCCGUCUUCCACACGCAGCUGGAUAUCUAUGGCGAGCUGCUGGAUAGCAUCUACAUCUACAAUAAAUACGGGAAUCCUAUCAGCUAUGAGCAGUGGUGCGCGAUCCGCCGCAUGGUGAACUACGUCAUUGAGAUGCGCAACGAGAAGGACAUGUCCAUUUGGGAGUCCCGCGGUCAGGUACAGAACUUCCUGUACUCGAAGAUCAUGCUCUGGGUCGCCAUCGAUCGCGGCCUUCGCCUGGCCGACAAGCGGUCCAGCCUGCCCUUGCCGGAACGCUUCAAAUGGAUAGACGUCCGCGACAGGAUGUACGAUGAGAUUAUGGAUAAGGGAUACAACGAGGCCCGCGGUCACUUCUCUCAGAGCUAUGAGAGCCCGGACGUUGUGGAUGCCUCCAUUUUGAUUGCACCACUGGUGUUCUUCGUUGCGCCGAAUGAUCCGCGGUUCAUCAGCACGCUGAAGAGAAUCAUGGCAACCCCGGAAAAAGAGGGACUAACCAGUGCCAAGUUGGUGUUCCGAUAUGACCACGUCAAGGCGAACGAUGGCGUGGGAGGCCGCGAAGGAGCCUUCAUCAUGGUAACCUUCUGGCUCGUCGAAGCCAUGGCUCGCGCCGCAAGAUACAGCACCACCAUCCCGAACCUCUAUAAAGUCGCCGUCAGCCACUACGACAACAUCCUCUCCUACGCAAAUCACCUGGGGAUGUUCUCUGAAGAAGUUGCCAUUUCCGGUGAACAGAUGGGCAAUACUCCGCAGGCGUUUAGUCAUUUGGCCUGUAUUAGCGCCGCUAUUAACCUUGAGCGGCUGGGUGGGGGGGGCUCUGAUCUUUAGUUGGAAUCUUGGUAUUCUGGCAGUGCCCAGGUUAGGUUGUUUCUGUUUACUUUUUAUUGUCUUUGUUGUCUUUCUUUGACUAUGGUUUAUCUUGAAGAAAAGACGGAAAACUGUCACAAAGAACAAAAAAGAAACAAAGGAGGGCGGAAGGAAAGAAAAAGGAAAGGAGCAAAGCUAGUUGUUUUCUUGUCAUUAUUUGGUUAGUUAGAGUCGAAUCAAUCUGUUCUAGAUCUCCUUGCCAGCUAGGAAGUAGAAACUACAGAGUACUCCGCAGAGCUACAGAAUUUUGUAUAGUUUCUAAUAUUGAU